AUGGUUUGGCCGUUUAAUUCAACAAAGCCUUCGCUUUCUUCAUCGCUUAACUCUUCGCAUUCAGAGACGCAGUCAACUUUAUUGCCUGAUUUAGCAGUGAUUGAGUCAGCAUACCAUUUGAGAAACAGCUAUCGCCAUACUUACAGAUGGAUCCUACCGUUUUCCGGGAAUCUACUCCUCACUGCUGGUGCAGUUAUUGGAGGACUGUUUCGAUGUGCACGUGAUUUACACGCUUCAAUGGUUGGAGCGGGUAUUGGUUAUUGA